UGUUGUUGACGUUGACAUUGGCGUGACGUCACAUCCUGUUUGUGCUCUGGCGAGGAGCUGAAGGCCUGAAGUCUAAAAAAAAAGUCCAAAGUAGAUUCAGAAACUAAAUCUCGGCGAAAACGGUUUGGCGGACUGCGAGCUGCGGUGCUUUCUGUGUGCGUGCGUGUGUGUGCGUGUGUGUAUAUGAAUGAGUGUGUUCCUGGUUGUGAUCACUCCUCUCUCUCUGGCCUGCUGAUCCUCUGACACCUUCACCCUCAGCUGCACACACACUGACACACAGACGCACACUGAGACGCACACAAACGCAGCAUGAAUGAGGUUAGCGUGGUCAGAGAAGGCUGGCUCCACAAGAGAGGUGAAUACAUUAAGACAUGGAGGCCACGGUAUUUUAUCCUGAAAAGUGAUGGGACAUUUAUUGGUUAUAAGGAGAAACCUGAUUUGCCUGAGCCAAGCCUGCCCCCCCUCAACAACUUUUCUGUAGCAGAAUGCCAGUUAAUGAAGACAGAGCGGCCACGUCCCAAUACCUUCGUUAUUCGCUGCCUUCAGUGGACAACAGUUAUCGAAAGAACGUUCCAUGUCGACAGUAAUGCUGAGAGGGAGGAAUGGAUACGGGCAAUCCAGGCUGUAGCAAAUGGGCUGAAGACACGAGAGGAGGAGGAGCCAAUGGACAUUAACUUCAGCUCAUCAGGAGACAGCAGCAUGGAGACACCCAUGGCAAAAUCACGCAGCAAAGUGACGAUGAGUGAUUUUGACUACUUGAAGCUGCUGGGCAAGGGCACUUUUGGAAAAGUAAUCCUGGUCAGAGAGAAAGCAACAGGUGUGCAUUAUGCCAUGAAGAUCCUGAGAAAGGAGGUCAUCAUCGCUAAGGAUGAGGUGGCUCACACGGUCACGGAGAGCAGAGUGCUACAGAACACCAGACACCCUUUCCUUACGACACUAAAGUAUGCGUUCCAAACACACGACCGACUUUGCUUCGUCAUGGAGUAUGCUAAUGGAGGCGAGCUGUUUUUCCACUUGUCCCGUGAACGUGUUUUUACGGAAGAACGAGCACAGUUUUAUGGAGCUGAAAUUGUUUCUGCGCUUGAGUAUCUGCACUCACGAGAUGUUGUCUACCGAGACCUGAAGCUGGAGAAUCUAAUGCUGGAUAAAGAUGGACACAUUAAGAUCACAGAUUUUGGUUUGUGUAAGGAGGGAAUUACCAAUGAAGCCACCAUGAAGACCUUCUGUGGAACUCCAGAGUACCUUGCACCUGAGGUACUAGAGGAUAACGAUUACGGACGGGCAGUAGACUGGUGGGGUUUGGGUGUGGUCAUGUAUGAAAUGAUGUGCGGUCGACUGCCAUUCUAUAAUCAGGACCACGAGCGACUGUUUGAGCUUAUCCUCAUGGAGGAGAUCAGAUUUCCCCGGAACCUGUCACCUGAUGCCAAGAGCUUGCUUGCUGGCCUGCUCAAGAAAGACCCUAAACAAAGGUUGGGAGGAAGUUCUGAAGAUGCCAAAGAAGUGAUGGCUCACAAGUUUUUCUCCUCCAUUAACUGGCAGGAUGUACUGCAGAAAAAGCUCACCCCGCCCUUUAAGCCUCAGGUGACAUCAGAGACUGAUACUCGCUAUUUUGAUGAGGAGUUCACUUUGCAGACCAUCACUGUCACACCACCUGACCAGUAUGAUAGCUUGGAUGUGGAGGACCCAGAGGCGCGAACACACUUCCCUCAGUUCUCUUACUCUGCCAGUGUACGGGAGUGAAGGAGACACCCACACAUACAUAUACACACUCUCACCAGCAAACCAGAUAUCAUUGCAAUGCACACCUACACUCACACACUGUCUCACCAGCAACCUGGACACCAUGCUAACACCCAUUCGUACACACACUGUUACCAGCAAACUGGAAACCGUUUACACACACACACACACAUAUACACACACAUAUACACACACACACACACACACACACACACACACAAAACCUGUCACCAGCAAAUCAAACACCAUGGCAACUUACUGCGAUCAGCAGUGAUUAGUGGAGGCCUCAUUAAGCUGUGCCUGAUCCAGAUUGGUCCUCCAGGCUGUCUGUUACACUACACACACACUCUUCACACCUAUAAAUAAAGUGGGUCAAAGACUCAUUGUUUUGAACACCUCAGAAACAGCAUAUACUGUAUACACACAUUCUCUUGUAUGCACGUUUUAAAAAGAAGUAAAACUUCAGAUUGUUACAGUUUUUAAUACAGGGAAAAAAUGCACGCAAGAAGCCAUCCUGCAGUGCAAGUGCCCUUUUUAUGCAUUCAGCUCUUACUGUGGUGACUGCUGAUAGAGACAAAGUGUGUGUGUCUGUGUGUGUGGGGGGGGGUUGGUUUUGUGCGAAUGGUGAUGUGUGUAUGUUCUGAAUGUACAUCUUUAAGUGUGUUUGUGUUGAUUUGAAUCUGUACAGGGCCCAUAAUGUAGGGGGGAGGGGGAGGGGUUGGGACUGGGAUUGCAUAUAUGUACACACGCACACAUACAGAUGCAGUAGAUGUGUAAAGGGAAAAUAACAGUUACAGCUCUGUGGAAAAGUAUGUGUGUGUGUGUGGAGUGUGUCCACUUUCUGUACCUGUAAGGCUGUGUCAUCACUGUGUAGCCCAGGGGUCUGCUACAGAGGGCAGAAUUCCAAACAGUUCAAGCACUGGGAAGAUGUAGUCUUAGGUUCAUCGCUUAGAGACACCAGAGUCGUCACUUGGCAGGUGUCGCAGAGGAAUCACUAAACUGUGCUGUGUAGGACUCUGCAGAACUCCACACAGCUCUAUGUGACCACACCCCAAAUACAACAGGCCUCCUGCUGUAAAACACCCGUCACUCAGCUGUACAAUUCUGCAGGCUUUGAUGUAAAGAGAAUUUUAUUAAAUGAGAAUUUGAAAUGUCUCUUGCUCUUCUCGCUGUCUCUCUCUCUAAUGCUGUUUAAUGAUCUCAGUUAGGAUGAGAGCUGAUGGGAGCAAUUGAGGGAAUGAGGUGGAGUGAGUUUUAUGUAUUUUUUUAUUUUUUGUUUUAUUUUUUUUCCCUUUUCUGUUUGUUUCCUGAACAGAUCAGACAUUUGACAUUUUUGCUUUUGUUCCUUAAAUCAUCCUGAUGAGCUCAAUAUAAAUAUAAUCUAUUCCACAAGCU